AUGAAUAAUAUACAUAAUGGUCAGAGCUUUUGCAUUGUGAAUGAACAAAUCUUUGCCAAAAAAGUACUUCCAAAAUACUUCAAACAUAAUAAUAUAGCCAGCUUCACACGCCAGCUUAAUAUCUAUGGUUUCCGGAAGGUAAUCGGAUUGGAGAAUGGAAAGACUGACCAGAAAGCACCAGCUAUGGAAUUUCAGCAUCCAUUAUUCAAAAAGGGAGGAGCCAAUUUUCUAGAAAACAUCAAGCGCAAAGUGCCAUCAGUGAAAAUGGAAGAUAUGAGAACCUGCUCUGAUGAGUUGCAGAGGAUGAUGACUGAAGUACAAGAGAUGGGUGACAAACAGAGCAACAUGGAUGUCAGCUUUUCCAAACUGAAAAAGCAAUACACAACACUUUGGCUUGAAAUGAAAAAUCUCAGGCAGAAGUAUGGUGAGCAACAGCAGCUAUUAACACAGAUUCUUCAGUUUAUCUUGUGUUUGAUGAGUGAAAAUCAUAUGGUAAACAAAAGUAGAAAAAGGUCAUUACCAGUCAUAUCUGAACUUGAAGAUUCCAAAUGUGCUCCUCAGUAUUUCCAUAUCCCAGAGGAGAGGAAAGAAGAAAUGGCGAUAAUAAAAGAUGGUUAUGCGAUUAUUGAAGACAAAUAUAAAAGUCUCCUUGACAGUGGUCUACCUACUUUGAGAAGUGAAUACAAAAACUUGGUUUCGUCUGUGGACCAAACAAAUAGAGAUCAUAGAAAAGAUCCUAAUAUUUCAAGUCAAGAAGUACCUCUGAGUGAAGAUUCAGCACUCACAGAUUUGGAUUUGGUCAUACCAGAUUUACAAGACCUAAUGACUAUGGAAUCCUUUGAACAGGAAACCGAAGAUAUGCCUUUGGAGUUAGAGUCUUUGCUUUCGCAGGACAUUGAGUCAAUGUUGACUGAAGAUAAAUCUAAUGUUCAUUGUGAUACUAUAACGAACAGUGAUGAAAUGCACUACACUAAUGGAGAGUUAAUGGAACUAACGUCCUUUCUGCCUAAGAUGAAUGUGAAUUAUACCUCUGAUCUUCUCAGUGAGCCAGCCUGUUCUAAACUUCCAAAUUUGGUAACAAAUGAAGCUGAAAGUUUACUCAGUGUGCAUGUUAUGACAGGAACAGAUAGUCUACCUUUCUUGGAAAAUGAAGAAGAAGUGAUAAGUCUACUUGACGCCAAUGCAAAAGAAGACAAACAGGUGGUCCAGUCCAAGAAAAACACCUUGUUUUCCUCACUAGAUGAGAUGUUGAUGACUGAUUUUGGAGAAGAACUUCAAGAUUCUAGUGACCUCCUUUUGAAUGCUGUGAAGAAUCCAUCAAAUGUUUUACCAGAUUUACGUGACCAUGAUUAUAUUGCCCUGAAUAUUUCUUCUCAACAAUAUGUUGCAAAUCCUAUUGAAAAUGUUAUGCCCCACUUAGGUAUGGAAAGCAGUGGAGAGUGCAAACUAUUUCCCUGUUUCUUUCCUAACUCUGUUACUAAUUUGGUUGAGGAAUCUAUUGAAAUUGACCCUUCUACUUGA